AUGUCUUCGGCGGCGGGCGGUGGAUACGGAGCCGGCGGCGCCGACCACCAGCACCUGUUGCUGGGGCAGGCCGCGGGGCAGCUCUACCACGUGCCGCAGCACAGCCGCCGCGAGAAGCUGCGGUUCCCGCCCGACCCGGCCGACUCGUCCCCGCCCACUGCCUGGCCGGCGCCCCCACCCUUCUACUCCUACGCGUCCUCGUCGACGUCGUCCUACUCGCCGCAUAGCCCAACGCUGGCGCACGCGCAGCUACUCGCCGCGGGGCCGUACGGCCCGUUCACGGGCUACGCGGCCGUCCUCGGGCGGUCCCGGUUCCUGGGCCCCGCGCAGAAGCUGCUCGAGGAGAUCUGCGACGUGGGCGGACGGCCCCCGCACCUGGACCGGCGCUCCGACGAGGGUAUGCUCGACAUGGACGCCAUGGACGUGGCGGGGGACGUGGACCACGACAUGGACGGCGGUGACCGCGCUACCGCUGAGGCGGUCGCUGUCUGCGGCGCCGAGCAGCAGUGGAGGAAGACCAGGCUCAUCUCCCUCAUGGAAGACGUUUGCAGGCGAUACAAACAGUACUACCAGCAGCUGCAAUCUGUUGUCUCCUCGUUCGAGACCGUUGCGGGGCUGAGCAACGCGGCCCCCUUUGCUUCCAUGGCUCUUCGGACAAUGUCGAAGCAUUUCAAGUGUCUGAAGGGGAUGAUAAUGAGCCAGUUACGGAACACAAGCAAGGUCGUCGCCAAUGAUGGUAUUGGCAAGGACGAUAUGGCAAACUUUGCGCUUAUGGGUGGUGGAGCAGGCCUCCUGAGGGGAAACAAUGUGAACGUGUUCGGCCAGCCUCACAACAUUUGGAGGCCUCAAAGAGGGCUUCCUGAGCGUGCAGUGUCUGUUCUUCGCUCAUGGCUGUUCGAGCACUUCUUACAUCCGUAUCCAACUGAUAGUGACAAGCAGAUGCUGGCUAAACAGACAGGCUUAACAAGGAACCAGGUGUCAAAUUGGUUUAUUAAUGCAAGGGUGCGGCUCUGGAAGCCCAUGGUGGAAGAAAUCCACAACCUGGAGAUGCGGCAGCUGCAGAAGAACACGUCGUCGGUGGACAAGAAUCAACUCGGCAUGCAGCAGAUUCAACAAUUGUCGGACAGCAGUGGGAAGCCUUCUGACCCUUCAAACUCUCAGCGUGGGCAAAGCAGCGGCAUGACAAGAAACCUCAGCUCUCCGGCAUCAUGCCAUAUCCAAGACGAGCUCUCCCAGAUGCCCCACGACAUGCCAGGCCAGGUGAGCUUUGCUUACAAUGGGCUCCCCACGCACCACGGUCUUGCGCUGUCACAUCACCAGCAAGCUGAAGCGGUCAGCGCCGGCAUUGGUGUUGGUGGCGUGGCUGCCGCCGGCGGCGGCGUUUCCCUCACACUUGGCCUUCACCAGAACAACAGGACCUACAUUGCCGAGCCCCUUCCGGCCGCGCUCCCGCUCAACCUCCCGCACCGUUUUGGGCUGGAGGACGUGAGCGACCCCUACGUGAUGGGGUCAUUCGGCGGCCAGGACCGUCAUUUCACCAAGGGAAUAGGCGGCCACCAUUUGCUCCAUGACUUUGUUGGUUGA